AUGGGGUCAACAGCGUUGGGUAGUUCUUCAACUAUAACUUGGCCGCAAACCACAACGUUGAGUGCAAGCUUUCCGGACUAUACAGCCUCUGUCGACCCUACAGCUAUUUCUGAUUCUGAGUUCGGUUCUGAGACUUCGACUUCGCCAAGUAGUUUUGGUUCAACCUUGGCUGAUGUAACGACAAUCGAGGAUUCGACUACCACGAGGGCCACUAUCACCAUCUCUACUGAUAAAUCGGAACUAAGCAACAGCUUGACUUCAGCCAGCACCUCUAACUCAGGCGUUAUUAGUGCUUCGAUUGGUACUACUGAUACAGCAACUUCAAUCAUUCCCACCACAUCCAACAAGUCGACUGCAAUCGCCGAUGCAGCUACCUCUGCUCACUCAACUUCAGCCGAGCUUAGAACAUCGACUGACACUACCGUAUCAUAUGCAACAACCGAGACAGUCAGCUCAGGAGACAGCAGGGUCUCAACCGAUACUUCCACUACUGAUAUCAGCACAUCCAACGGAUCUACUACAACCAUUGAUGCCACAACUGUGACUAGUGAAGCACCCACAAGCAUUGACGCCACCACAACCCUGAUUACAUCCUUAUCAUCAUCCGAAAGCACGUCGACAACAGAGAGCCUAUGGACUUCAACAACCUCAUCAGCAUCAUGCCCCGUUGUCUCAGUUUCUAUCGAAGACCCAAGCUUUGAGGGGGACAAUACGGGCGAGAACAGAUGGGACUAUAUGGGGCAGUUCGCCGGUAUUGCUGUACCAUUUCAACAAAAGAGCAGCACCUCUCAGGACGUACCGCGUGCUCACAGUGGCGAACAGUUUGCACUUGUCAGCUCAGGACCAGGCUCUACCCUUGGAUCUGAUAUGUGGAGGCCCAUAUCCCUAGACUCGACAAAGAAGUACCAAGUCUGGUUCUCAUAUGCUCCUGUCUCUGACCCUGAUCAAGAUUGGGAUUUUUCCUUCAUCAUCGCCACUCAGAGAUAUGGUCAUGUCCACAAAGAGACUGUCUUUGUUCCGAAAGGCGCUCCUUUCAAAUACGUUCAACGCACUGCGAUCUUCCAAGGAGCAACGGACGACCACCUCUAUGCCUUUAUCAGAGUUAACAACCAGGCUGUCGCUCGUUAUGUAGCUAUCGACGACAUCUAUAUCCAUGUCGAUGUUUCAGGGGAGCGUCGAGAUGUGUGCCCGAGCAUGUCUGGAGGAUGA